GUAACCAGUUCGUUUCUUUGCUGUAGGUUUUAUUACAUUCUGAAAAGUUGAAUCGGCAAAUUUUAGGUGUAUCAUACUGUGUUAAAAUGUCACGCUUUCAUCUUUACUUAACUGAAGCUCAAGAGAAUGACCUACGCCGAAUCGCUCAAGCUAUUUGUGCCCCUGGUAAAGGAAUUCUAGCAGCUGACGAAAGCACAGCCACGAUGGGCAAAAGGCUCCAACAAAUUGGCGUUGAAAAUAACGAAGAAAAUCGUCGUCUGUACCGCCAGCUCCUUUUUAGUGCUGACCAUAAACUGGCCGAAAAUAUCUCUGGAGUAAUAUUAUUUGAAGAGACACUUCACCAAAAGUCGGACGAUGGAAAGACUCUACCUACCCUUUUGGCCGAACGAAAUAUCAUACCAGGAAUAAAGGUUGACAAAGGCGUUGUUCCACUUGCAGGCACAGACAAUGAGACAACAACUCAGGGUCUUGAUGAUCUUGCUUCACGCUGUGCUGAAUAUUAUAAACUUGGAUGCCGCUUUGCUAAGUGGCGUUGCGUUUUGAAGAUCUCUCCACACACACCAUCAUAUCAAGCUAUGCUCGAAAAUGCCAAUGUACUUGCACGUUAUGCUUCCAUCUGUCAGCAGAAUGGUUUGGUACCAAUCGUUGAACCUGAGGUGCUUCCUGAUGGUGACCAUGACUUACUAACUGCUCAAAGAGUAACAGAAGAAGUUUUGGCAUUCGUGUACAAGGCUUUAGCCGAUCAUCAUGUUUAUUUGGAAGGAACGCUUUUAAAACCCAAUAUGGUCACUGCUGGACAGGCCUGCAAAAAAGCUUACACACCGCAGGAAAAUGCACUAGCUACUGUGCGAGCUCUUCAGCGCACAGUCCCUCCAGCUGUUCCAGGUAUCACAUUUUUGUCUGGAGGUCAAUCAGAAUUGGAUGCUACUAAAAAUUUGAACGAAAUCAACAGAAUUCCGGGACCAAAGCCAUGGGCACUCACUUUUAGUUUUGGUCGUGCUCUACAGGCUUCAGUCUUAGCCACAUGGAAGGGAAAGAAAGAAAAUGUUCAUGCGGCUCAGGAAGAGCUAUUGAAAUUGGCCAAAGUAAAUAUAUGAGCUAACGUUUACAUCUGUUUAUGUUGGUUUUAAUAAAAUUGUUUGGUUUCAUUCCACAUUUAAGUUUGUUGACCCUUUUGAAAGGUAGAAGAAACACUCAAGUCCUAGAACUACCAACACAUAAAAAUGUUGUUGGGAGUUGAUAUUGGAUUUCAUCAGUACCUUUUUUACCCCUUUUAAUUCAUCAACAAGAUGAAUUAUUCAAUGUCAACUGCUAAUGUUUUUGUUGAGGCCAAUAAAUCAUUAUGAUCUUUAAAAAAAGAUACAGGAACGCAGAUAACGCAGAUGACUUCUAAAGGCUUUUUAACAUGUUAUUACAAUGUUCAAAUAUUAAAAAACGCCUUCGUCUUUUGACUUUUUUAUUUCUGUUAAAAAAUAAUCCAAAUAAACAGGUUUUGUAAAACAUUCUUUACAAGACAUUUAAACUUUGUGUAAGUGUUUUUAAUACAUAUAAGUUUAUUAAUAAUACACUUAUUGAAUACACGAACUAACUUACAAUUAUUUCAAUCUUCUAGGCAAAUGGUGCUGCUGCUGUUGGCAAAUUUGAAGGAGAUAUGGGAACUGCUUUGGGAGACAAAUCAUUAUUCGUUGCUAAUCAUGCUUAUUAAACCAUUAUAUCAUCCAAAUGUUAUUUAAUUUGAAGCCCCUCAAUAUUUAGCACAACUAGUCGACAUCAUAACUAACUAACAUCUUUCAUAUGAUUUAAGAUUAAACCAACUUUCAGAUCAAUUCUGUCUUAUUCUUAUUUUUGUUCUUAAAUACCGCCAUACGUUACUUUUCUCAAUAACAACAAUAUUUACUGUUGUACUUCAUAGUAUUAGCUGGUUUAUGAAGUCAUAAUCAAGUAAAUAUACAUUCUCCCCAU